AUGGCGACAUUACAGGCACGCUUAGAGGCGGGGAGCAAUGAGUACCAGACCAUUCAGAGAGAUAUGACCAACGCCGUCGGGAACAGACAACGGCUAGACUCCCAACUCCAAGAGAACAAGAUCGUCCAGAAGGAAUUCUCCCUCCUCGACGACUCCGCAAAAAUCUACAAACUCAUCGGUCCAGUCCUCGUAAAACAAGAUAAACCAGAAGCAGUAACAAACAUCGACAAGAGACUAGAAUUCAUCGAGGCUGAGAUUAAGAGGGUAGAGGAGAAGUUGAAGGAGUUGCAGGAGAAGGGGGAGAGGAAGAAGGGGGAGUUGAUUAAGAUUCAGCAGAUGAUGCAGCAGGAGGCUGCGCCUAAGGCGUAG